AGCAUGAGGCUGAUCCAGGUCCAGAGAGCAGUGUGAAUGGCAAUAUGAAGACAAGGGAUGCUAUAGAUCACCCUGACAGCAGUAGUGCAGCACUGGGAGAUGCCCUGAGGCUAAAUUGACUCUUGAGGCUACAAAAGAAGCUUGCUUCCUGCCUGGAUCCCCAUUGGCUGGUGAAGAUUUUUUGAGCCCUGGCAGAGCAAGCUCCACUGGUAUAUCUAGCGGCAGUGCUCCUGGAAGGGGAAGAGAUAAGGACAAGCACUGGUGGUCUGUCAGAACUGGAGAAUGGAUCUGAAAAUGUUCUUAGUCUUCACCGCAUUUCUGCUUCACACUACCCUGGGCUUCCCUAUUCAGGACAUCUCUGGAAACAGUACAGCAACAACAGAACCUACUCAGGUUACUACAGAACAGGAUAUAUAUGAAUCUCCAUCACCUAUAGAGAUAGACUCUGAGGAUGAAGUUAUUUUUAACAGAAUUCUGAAAGUUAACAAAGACUGCUCUCGGUACUUGCAAGAAGGUGACAUAGUCCCACAAAGGAGCCGCAGUGCCAUCAACUGUCGCAAUUGCUACUGGCCCCAGUCCAGCGAUGGGAUUGUUCGUGUUCCCUAUGUAUUGGAUCCUACUUAUGAGGAGAGCCACAUAAAAGGGAUUCAGGAAGCUAUGGCAGAAUUCGAAGCACUGACUUGUAUUAAUUUUGUGAAGCGCAAGACAGAACGUGACUACCUCAGCAUUAAAUCUGCUGAUGGCUGCUGGUCCAACUAUGGAAAAGUAGGAGGUGGACAGACUGUCUCUGUGAUGAAAGGAGGCUGCAUGUGGAAAGGAAUAAUUCAGCACGAACUGGACCAUGCCCUGGGAUUUUUGCAUGAGCAUUCUCGAAGUGACAGGGAUAAAUAUGUAAAGAUCAUGUGGGAGUACAUCAGCCCAGCUGACAGACCAGACUUCAAGAAAUUUGAAAACUCUAACAACCUGGGUCUUCCAUAUGACUAUUCUUCAGUAAUGCACUAUGGCCCAUACACAUUCACUAAUACCACUGGAAAAGCAACUAUUGUACCAAUCCCUGAUGGAGCAGUACAUAUUGGACAGAGGCAGGGACUGAGCAACAUGGACGUGGCCAAAAUCAACAAGCUCUACAAUUGCAGUCGCUGUAGCACUAUUCUCGAUGCAGCAUUUGGGUCACUAAAAUCUGCCAACCACCCAAGAAAUUACUCAGAUAACACCAACUGUGUCUGGCUCAUCCGUACCCGAUCGAGAAAGAUUUCCCUGCAUUUCCGUGCCUUUGAGCUGCAGAAAACCAGAGGCUGUCAGGGUGAUUAUGUUAAAGUUUAUGAUGGAUCCAGCAAGUCUUCUACAGUUUUAAUGGACAAAACCUGUGGAUCAAAGAUACCCAGUGAUGUAGUUGCUUCUAGCAAUCUUAUGCUCGUAGAGUUUGUCACAGAUGGUGCUGGUACAGCUUCUGGUUUCCAAGCCACCUUUACUUCCGGUAGGUCUGAGAACAAGGAGAAUGGUAGAGAAAGAAAAUAAUCUAUGUCAAGUCAACAGGUGUUCUACCUUCCUCUUCACAUGUCUUUUGGAAAAACAUUGUUGAGGAAAUGGUAUCUACAAGACCCACCACUUCCUGCCUUGCUUUUGAUCUAAUGGAUCAGUCCUACACUCGUACCAUUUAUUCAUUCAGAAAGAUGGGGCCAUGCUCAGGACAAACUGUCAGCCAGGUGAUUCCCAGAUUCCACAGUUUGCCUUGCCUUUCAGAUACACACUGUUACAAAGCAUGCACCAUUAAGGUUAUGAUCAGUUUAAACUUACAGCUAGGGUUACUAGCACAGCAGAAUGAGAACAAAUCAUAAUGUAGUAUUUAAAUAUAUUGCUCUUCUGAAAAAAAGGUACAGUUUUUAGUCAAACAGUUCAGAGGGCUAGGAAGAUUUGUGGUAAGCCAGGUCACCCAGCCCAAUGGCAAGAAAAGAGGCAGUAUUUCCAUGGUCAGGAUCCAUGGAAUGUAUUCACCUAAAACACAUUAUUUUCAGUCCUGUUUAAUUAAUGAGUAGUGUCACAAACAUACAAUUAAGAUACCACAGUAAUGGUGACUCUGUGUUGUAUCUCCUUCUGUCAAAUGUAGCUAUGGAAGGAAAGAAAAAGAGGAAAAAUCCCCAUGUCACCUUUAUGUGUCAUUGACUACAAAAUGAUCCCAGAUUUUGGAUAAAAUGUGAUUUAACUUUUACAUACUUUAGAGAUACUACUGUUUGUUCAGAGAGCUCUGAAAGCUAAAUAUUGUCUCAUUUCACUUACAGUAAGGAUCCAAAGAAAACCUAGCAUCCACAACUGACUUAAUGGAGAAGAAUCUAUUCUGUGAAUAUUGAAAUUAUGCAUUUCCAACUUUGCUCCUAUCUUGGCUUGGAUCAGUAUGAAAUUUAAUUCUAUUAAGAAUCGAAGUCUUCACCUUCCUGAGAAAGUUUAUUCCCCAAGCCAUACAAAUGUAUGAAUUCUAUACAUCUGGUAUACUCCCCCUUUCAUCUGCACAGUUAAGUUAUUACCUCCUUCUAUUUAACAAUUUAAUAAAAAGCUUCAUAAAAAAAAGUUUCAAUUUCUAUUUUCCAGUAGUCCCUUCCAGCCUCACACAAUAUCAAUAUUGUCUUACUUCUUAGCACCCUUCAGUCCCAGAGGCAUCUCUUAAGAAUAUCACAGAGAUGUUAUCACAGGUUUAGACAGCUGAAGAGACCAGCUGUAACUUUACAAAUUAGUUUUCUAU